AAUACUACUUCUGUUAUGAUUUUAAAUUGUUUCUGAACAUUUGACAGAUAUGUAUCAAUAAAAAGGAGAGAUGAGGGAUACUUUAUCAUUUUCUAGAGCUGAAAGUGAGGGGAUGAAAUUGGAGAAGAUUCAGAGGUGAAUGUCUGCAGAUCGUUGUAACAAUCAGCCUUGAAAUUUUUAUUUUCACUUUACCAGUCACAUCCAUUCCGAGAUCAUGAUGGCUGUAUUCAACGUGAGCAGCUUCAAUCCAGGCCCAUUCAUCCUAUUGGGAAUCCCAGGGUUGGAGCACUUCCACAUCUGGAUCGGGAUUCCCUUCUUCAUUAUCUACCUCGUGGCCCUUGCAGGCAACAGUGUCCUUCUCCAUCUUAUUUCCACGGAGCGCAGCCUCCAUGAGCCCAUGUUCUUUUUCCUUUCUAUGCUGGCUGCUACAGAUCUCAUUCUGUCUAAUACAUGUGUACCCAAAAUACUCAGUAUCUUCUGGCUAGGUCCUCAGGAAAUCACCUUUCCUGGAUGCCUUACUCAGAUGUUUUUUCUCCACUACAGCUUUGCCAUGGAUUCUGCAAUUCUGCUGGCAAUGGCAUUUGAUCACUAUGUUGCCAUUUGCUUCCCCUUAAGAUACACUCCUAUUCUCACUUAUCAGAUUAUUACUAAGAUUGUGAUGGGUAUUAUCAGCAGGAGCUUUUGUAUCAUCUUUCCAUGUGUGUUCCUCUUAAAACGACUUCCCUUCUGCCGAACGUUCAUUAUACCUCACACAUACUGUGAGCACAUAGGCGUUGCCCGGCUCGCCUGCACGGACAUCUCCAUCAACAUCUGGUAUGGCCUUGCUGUGCCGGUAAUGACUGUCACCUCAGACCUGAUCCUCAUUGGCAUUUCCUACACUCUCAUUCUCCGUGCUAUCUUUUACCUCCCAUCCCGGGAUGCCCGCCAGAAGGCCCUUAGCACGUGUGGUUCCCAUGUUUGUGUGAUUCUUGUAUUCUACACGCCAGCCAUGUUCUCUGUCCUCACCCACCGUUUUGGUCACAAUAUUCCUCACUCCUUCCACAUAAUGUUUGCCAACCUCUAUGUAGCCAUCCCAUCUGUACUCAAUCCAAUUAUCUAUGGCAUGAAGACCAAGCAGAUUCGGGAUAAGAUCAUCCUUCUGUUCUUCCCCAAAGGGACCCAGUGA